AUGAGACCCUGGAACGCAGAUGAAUGGGGCGCCUUCGUCUCUUGGAUCGUGCUUGGCCAUUUCGUGUGGAUUCUCGUGGGAACAACGACCUUCUUCUCACUUCUCAUCUUCAUGGUGAACACUGUGUUUGCGCAAGAAACUCUUGCCAAAUGGAUUGGAGAUUACCUCACCCAAGCAGCAGGAGUGACGAUUGUCUUCGAAUCGGCUAUCGUACCCAAGUGGAAGGAUGGAGUCAUCACUUUCCGCAACGUCUUCGUAUCCCGCCGUCCUGGCCAGUUGAAGUCUUCCGUGAAGAAGGGCUCUCCCUCAGAUGCGGCUGCCGCUGCCGCAGCAAAACAUGCUGGACACGAGCUUUCGGAUCAAGUGGAAGAUGACGGCAACUACACCCAGUUUGACCUGACCAUCAACGCUGUGGACGUGACGCUCUCAUUCAUGAAAUGGUGGAACGGCAAAGGCUUGUUAAAAGAUGUAGAAGUGAAAGGCGUCCGAGGCGUUGUGGAUAGAACAUCUGUCGUUUGGUCGGCGGAGGGCAUAGAUCCGCUAUCUUAUCGACACAAGCACGAACCUGGUGAUUUCGAGAUCGAGCAUUUCAAACUCGAAGAUCUGCUGGUCACGAUACACCAGCCAGGAGGCUUCCGCCCGUUUUCCGUGAGCAUUUUUAGUUGCGAACUCCCGCAACUCAGAAAACAAUGGUUAUUCUACGACUUCCUUUCGGCAUCGCAUAUGUCCGGAUCAUUCGACGGAUCGCUGUUCACGAUUCAUCCCAGGCAGAUUCACGGUGUGCCUGCCGGAGAUGAGCACCAUGCUGCUCAGAACUUUGGCGAGCCUGGCGCGUGGAAGAAAUUCAGUAGACUCAGAAUUGAUGGUCUCAGAAUCGAUCACCUGAACCGUGGGGUUGAAGGACCUUUCGGUUGGAUCUACGAGGGUAACGUAGACAUCAUCGCUGAUGUCAUGUUCCCAGCAGAUCCAGAUGAUAGCAUCGGCAGAGUCAUGAGUGACUUCUACGACAAGAUGGAGGAGGCGGUGACUAGCAACCGAUACCUUCGCAUCUUGGAUCGAGACGGCCCGAACGAGAUCGAAAAUCCGCGUGGCCUCCCUGCGGUGCAACGUGGGCACUUGGAGCUGGAUCAAGAGUCUGGCUCCUCGAUAUCUCCUGCGACUCAUAUAGAAGCCGUCGAGACGGGAACUUCAGUCCCAGAGACGAAGCUGGAUGGACCUGCCGAGGAGCCUCCGCAAUAUCUUGUCAUGGACCUGCGUCUGCAUCUGAAUGAUGUUCGCGCUGCAGUGCCCAUGUUCCACACAACUCCUGAUAUGAGCUACAUCAAUCAGACGCUCAUUCGCCCAAUUGUCGCGUACAUUAAUACUCGACACACGUACAUACCGAUCACCUGCCGUAUCGUCAAACGACAUCCGGACUUUGAGGGAUCCUGGACUAUCUUUGACUGCGGUCUGAUGGAUGAUUUGUCUGCGGAGGUGUACUCUGCUUUCGCUCAUGAUGUUGAGGACCAACAGUCCCGAGUUCGCCGGCUGAAGAAGGUUGGCUUCUGGGCUGUCAGCGUUGCCGUUCAAGCGCUACUCGUUGGUGUCGCUGGAGACCUUAUCACCUAG